CCGCGAGCAACGAACCGCGAACCGUGGUGGAGAGAUCUCGUGAUUGGUUUCGAUCGGUGCUGUGUAAGAACGGACACGGACCCGGACAGUUGCAGCGGUUAGCGUGUUAACGGCGGUGCCUGCACGGAGGGCCUCAGCUCGGACAUCACGAUGAGCACGGAACAUCCGGCAGCGAGCGAGCUGCUGGCCAAUACUACCGCCGCCACGGCCGCCGCGGCCAGCAGCACGGCCAAGGCGAACAUUGCCGUGCGCGUGACGGAGGCCUCAGCGCUGGCGAUCGAUCCCAUCAUUAACCACGUGGGUGAUGGCAUCUUCCUGCAGGCUAAAACGGCUCAGAUCUUUGCCGGUAUUUGCGUUUGGAUAGCGUUGUUCAUCACGUGUCAGCAGAUUUACCAACACCUUCGAUGGUACACAAACCCGCAGGAACAACGAUGGAUCGUUCGAAUUUUGUUCAUCGUCCCGAUCUACGCCACGUACUCUUGGGUUAGCUUACUGUUUUUCAACUCGGAGAGUGUUUAUGUGUACUUCUUCACCGUGCGUGAUUGCUACGAAGCGUUCGUAAUCUACAAUUUCCUCUCCCUGUGCUAUGAGUACCUGGGUGGCGAAGGGAACAUCAUGUCCGAGAUUCGCGGCAAACCGAUCAAAUCGUCCUGUCUGUACGGAACGUGCUGCCUUGCGGGCAAAACGUACACCAUCGGAUUCCUGCGGUUCUGCAAGCAAGCAACGCUGCAGUUCUGCCUCGUUAAACCACUGAUGGCGUUCAUUAUCAUCUUUCUGCAGGCGUUCAACCACUACCACGAUGGUGACUGGAGUGCUGAUGGAGGUUACAUUUACAUCACCGUCAUCUACAACAUCUCGGUUUCGUUGGCACUGUAUGGGCUGUACCUGUUCUAUUUUGCCACUCGCGACCUGCUGACGCCUUUCGAUCCCGUGCUGAAGUUUUGCACCGUCAAGUCCGUCAUCUUCCUGUCCUUCUGGCAAGGAGUGGGACUGGCCAUUCUGGAAAAGGCGGAGGUCAUUUCACCGAUCGUCGAUGCCGGAGGCUCCACCACGUCUGCCGGUACGGUGUCGGCCGGUUAUCAGAACUUUUUCAUCUGCAUCGAAAUGUUGUUUGCUGCCAUCGCGUUGCGGUAUGCUUUCCCGUACCAGGUGUACGCCCAAAGUUGCAUGACUGAUGCGCACGGUCGAUCCGUCACGAUGCAAUCAAUCUCAAGCAGUUUAAAGGAAACGAUGAACCCGAAGGAUAUUAUGACUGACGCGAUACAUAACUUCCAUCCGCAGUAUCAGCAGUACACGCAGUACAGCUCUGGUGGCAAGAACCCACGUGGCAUUCGUGUAUCCUCGUAUGACCCCGAUGAUCCAAGCCAUCAGCUGACGGGGCACGGCCAGGGCCACGGUGUUGGCAGCGGUGCAACGACGGGUUCCUACAAUGGUAAUGGAGCCAACGCUGGAACGGUACACGGUGGCAGUUACAUUGCACCACCAACGCUUGGUAGCCAACGGAAAUUUAUGCCCGGUGCUAGUGUUGUCUCGCAGAAGGUGUCAACUAUCAGCCAGAACUAUAAUGAGAAAACGAUGCUCUUGUCCAGUGAUGAUGAGUACCAAUAA